AAGCGAUUCCACAAACACUGGUCACCAACUAAGCUCCAAGUAGAACCAAUCAAGCGCUUGUCUCCGGCAAGCUACUAUUCAAGUCUCCCACAGGCCUUCUGUCGGAUCUUUCGAGAGGAAGGGAUUUAUGGACUUUGGAAAGGGCACGUGCCGGGACAGUUACUCUCUGUCACCUUCUGUGGAGUUGAGUUUGCUGUGUUUUAUGGCCUUAAGGCACUACCAGCUACGUCAUUUGGAUACCUUCAGACCCACGUGCAUCGUGAUUUAAUAUAUGGCACGGCUGCAGGCACCAUCGCAACGACGUUCUGCCAACCGCUGGACGUCAUGCGAACCCGGUUGGUGGCACAGGGGCAGAAGCGAGUGUACUCCGGUCUAGUCAUGGGAUUGUUAAAAUUGGUUCGCAAUGAAGGAGUUUUCGCGUUGUGGCGUGGACUCGGGCCGUCCUGUAUGCUGAUCGUACCACAAACUGCUGUCACGUUUGCCGCGUACGAGCAGCUCAAACGGACUUACCAGAAGCAUAUAGUGGACACUACUCGGAGCAGUGUGAAUGCCU